AAAACGAUAAAAAUACAGGAGAACUGCAUGACACUGCGCAGGUUAGAGCGUGUAGGGCUUUUUUCAUGGCUGAUUUGAGAGUGGAAAUGUCGUCUGAAAAAGACGGUAAAGGUAAAAAGAAGCUGGUGACCGAGGAACCCCGAGGUCCUGGGAAUGCCUCGUUACUGGCGCUGCUGGCGUUGACGUCCGUGCUGGCUGCCGCGGUGUACUACCCUAACUCCUUAAUCGUUGCCGAACUCCGAACAUUGAUACAGCACCAAACCAACUACUCAGGGAAUCAAGUACCUCGAGACUGCUUUGAUAUCCUGACUCAGAAACCAAACUCUACAUCCGGGGUGUACAGGGUGUAUCCGGGGGGCCUCCGAAGGGGGAUCGAUGUGUUGUGUGACAUGGAAGUUGAUGAAGGUGGAUGGCUGGUUGUACAGAAAAGAUUAGACGGGAGUCUUGAUUUCUUCAGAGAGUGGGCAGACUAUCAGUUUGGUUUCAGCGAUGAAACCAACGAACUUUGGAUUGGCAAUGAGUUUUUACAUCUGCUGACAAGCCAGGCUUUAUAUGAAUUACGUGUCGACAUGACCGAUUUUGAUGGAGAAAGCAGAUUUGCCAAGUAUAAAGUUUUUGUCGUUGGAAACCGGGAAACAAAAUUCAGAUUGACCAUUGGAGGAUAUUCUGGUACAGCAGGCGAUUCCUUGUCUUCCCAUAAUGGAAUGUUGUUUUCAACAAAAGAUGUUGAUAAUGAUUUAGCUAGCGGAAAUUGUGCUGCCUCUUUCAAGGGAGGUUUUUGGUAUAGUAACUGUCAUACUGCAAAUCCUAACGGACAGUACCUUAAAGGAAACCAUGACAGUAUGGCGGACGGCAUCAACUGGAAAACAUGGCGGGGCUACAAAUACUCUCUUCAAACAUUCAGCAUGAAAAUUAAACCAUUAUAAAUCACAAA